UAUAGCAAUUGAUGGUUCAGGCCAAAUUAUCAGUCAAAGAUACCGACUUCAGACACAGUAGGUCCAUGAGUUACGAUGUAUGUAUCAGAUGAGCAUCGUUUUUAUCGAAAGGCGCGAAGAAAGUUUUCUUUCAAGACCUAUGGUCUAUUGUUCCUGUGGCUAAUUUUGGCUGUCAUCCAAUGGAUAGUAAUCGCUUUAGUAGAAGAUGCAAGGACAACUUUCCGGUUGUUAUACUACAUCUGUUUAGUGACCUUCGCACUGGCCAUCUUGAUAUUCGUUAUAUUCAUAUUUGUUGAGAAGCUGCGUUUUCUGAAAGGUCUUAAUUUUAUCAUGGCACUGAUUAUUGUGGAACUUCAGAUCAUAUCGACAUUUGCUCUAGUUGCUGUCAGUUGGUGGGCGGAUGUUCUUACCUUUUUCGCAGUGGCUGUCAUAUUAGUAGCGAUAUUCCUGCUUAUAGGAGUAUUUCUACCAGCAAAAAUGGAUCUCACCCUAGAUAUUGCGAUUCUAUUUAUAAUCGCAUUCAUUUUUCUGAUCGUCGCCAGCUUUGUGCUUUUAUUCGAACUGCUUGUCUGGAGAACAUCUCCCUAUUCCUAUUUAGUGGUGGAAUUAGCUGUAACUAUAACGAUUCUAGUGUUUGUGAUGUAUCAUGCGCAAACUAUCAAUGGAAAUCGAUUCGCUGAAAUGCGUCUGAAUGACUUUUUCCUGGGAUCUCUAAUUCUGUUCCACGACUUUCUCAUAAUUUUCUGGCUGACAUUCUACUGGCAAAUUUCGUUCAGACUCAUUACGCCUGAUUCCUGGAUAGAAACAUCUACCCCAUAUGAUUAUUACCUUACUUUAAAUGAUACCGCUAAUGGAGCUAAAAAUCUUGACAAUACAAACUGGAAUCAAGAAGAUUGGUUUACUAGAUCUUUUGAUGAUGAAUAUGAUGAAAUUGCAAGUAGUCGAGGAAAAGAUGGAAAUCGCAGAGAAUAUGGAAAUCGGAAACAUGAUGAAGAACCUAAUAAUAGGUAUUCAACUAAAGAUUGGUCAGUUUACAACCAAAGACCGAAAAAUGGAUUUAGAACUAGAGGGAGGUCACGAACUAAAGGUCCAGAACAAAAUGAUAUAUACCACGCCCAUCGAAAUCCUGAUGAUUGGGAUCCUGAAUUUAUUACACAAGGUACUGAUAAGGAAUUGCCAUUUGAUGAUCGCUUUGGCGAAAAGACAAAAGACCGUUCUGGAGAGUCAUAUAAUAAAGAAUAUCAACCACAUAAAGAGGACAUUGGACCGAGGGUGAAGGAAGUUGACAAGGAACUGUCCUUUGAUGUUCGUUUAGAUGACCAUGCAAAAGAUCGUUCUAAAGAGUCCAUUGAUAACCCAUAUCAAACCCCCAACUGGGAUAUUGAACCAAUCAUGAAGGAUGGUGAUGCUAAAGGAAAAUCGACAGCUGGCCUUGAUAAUCCAACUUUCGACUUUCCCUUGGCAGACUACCAACCAAAUGAUAAUCCUACAAUGGAUCCAAGAAACGAAAUUUUCACGUCUAGAGGCUCCCCAAAUAUAUAUGUAGUUCCCAAGGCAACACCAAUCGGUAAUCGUUUUGAAAACCCUUAUUUAUUAGGUUAUGAUUCGCAAAGCAAUAUUCAAAGUGAUAACCUGGAACUAUUUACUCGUUCUGAAGAAAAAAUCAUUGCAAAUCCCCAACAAAAUGAAAUUACAGGGAGUGGAUUCAACUUGCAGGGCGACGAAAUGCAGGGACAACAAUUUUCAGCAAGGAAGCCUAAUUUUAUUUCCGAAAAAGUGCCCGUGUGGGAAGAACUGAGCGAAGAUGAGAUGAGAAGAAUGUCGAAAAAGCAGAUUACGAAGCCUAAGGAUCGUCCGGUAGAACCUUUAAUUACAAGAGAGCCUUAUCCAAUAAACCUUCCAGACUAUGAGAAACUUGUAAUGAAUGGCAGUGCGAGCAUAUUGAUAUAAGCUCUUAAAGCCUUAGACAAUAUAUGAAUUAUUUUCCCCUAUAAA